AUGGCAGGUUGGUUCUCUUCAACCUCCCCGCUCGAUGAACAAAUCGAGCGGGCGACAGCUUCCUCUCUGGAAGACAUUGCCCUCAACCUGGAGAUAUCGGACAUGAUUCGGUCCAAGAGCGUUCAGCCCAAGGAUGGAAUGAGGUCAUUAAAACGACGACUCGAGAAUAGAAACCCCAACAUUCAGCUAGCAACACUAAAGUUAACGGAUACGUGUGUCAAAAACGGAGGCACCCAUUUUCUGGCUGAGAUCGCCUCUCGCGAAUUCAUGGACAACCUUGUCUCAUUAUUGAAAUCCGAAGGUGCCCCCUUAAAUGCCGAUGUCCAGGGGAAAAUGUUAGAGCUUAUCCAGAACUGGGCUAUGGCUGCACAGGGCCGUAUGGAUUUGAUGUAUCUGGGAGAAACAUAUCGCAAACUGCAAAGCGAAGGAUACCGGUUUCCGCCAAAGACAGAAAUGAGUGGCAGUAUGUUGGAGAGUAGUGCACCCCCAGAGUGGAUCGACUCCGAUGUCUGCAUGCGAUGUCGAACUGCGUUCAGUUUCAUAAAUCGUAAACAUCACUGCCGAAAUUGCGGCAAUGUUUUCGACGCUCAGUGUUCAAGCAAGACCAUCCCCCUACCGCAUCUUGGAAUCUUGCAGCCAGUCAGAGUAGAUGAUGGAUGCCAUGCCAAAUUGACCUCGAAGUCAUUUGCGCCACCCGGGAUUUCGGAUCGAUCUGCGUUUAAAAACACCUCUAUCAGUAAAUCCAACUCGAUGGAGCCUCGGGCUGCCAAAGCGGAUACAGGUUUCGAUGAGGACUUGCGUCGAGCGUUGCAAAUGAGUCUCGAUGAAGCCGAGGGUAGAGGUCCCUCCGGGUUUGUCCCGCAGACAGGCAAUGGCCCAGAACCAACCAAGGCUGCUCCUGAGUCGGACAAUGUGGACGAAGAAGAUGCAGAUCUCAAGGCUGCGAUUGAAGCGUCGCUGCGUGACAUGGAACAGCACAAGCAAAACCAUGCUGCAGCAUUAAAGAAUGUGCCUGCCUCAAGCUCUGCAUUACGCGAUUCCUCCAGCACACCAACUCCACUACCCAAAAAUCCAUACGAACUGACCCCUGUUGAGGCUGAAAAUAUUCAUCUUUUCUCUACACUAGUUGACCGGCUCCAGCAUCAGCCUCCCGGUACGAUUCUAAGAGAGCCCCAAAUCCAGGAGCUUUAUGAGAGUAUUGGUGCUCUUCGACCCAAGCUCGCUCGGAGCUAUGGUGAAACCAUGAGCAAGCACGACACAUUAUUGGAUCUUCAUGCCAAGCUCUCAACUGUUGUGCGGUAUUACGAUCGAAUGCUGGAAGAGCGUCUGACCAAUGCCUAUUCCCACCACACUAUUGGACACGGAGCUGUUCCUGGGGCAGCACAGUAUCCGAACAUUCAGCCAGGUUUCCCGGCUCACGCUCCCGACGUGAAAGCCGGAGCUGAGAAUUUCUAUUAUGGUACCCAAUUAGACAGCGCUCGCCCUACUUCCAUGUAUGCGCCGCAGCAGGUAAAUGGUGAUGGGUUCCAAGGUCCCCCAAGUGCCGGCCAGAAUCCCGCCUAUCCAUCGCAGAUUCCACAUGCCGCCCCCACAAAUGAGUCCCGCGGUCAGAAUUGGGGCGCAAACCCAUACCCAUCUCUUGGAUCGCCCUCGCCCAGCAAUGCCAUUCCAAACCACUACAAUACUGCUCCCGCACCAAGCGCCCCGGCUCAAUACUACACAGGACCGCAUGAUGCAACCUCCGCCAAGUCACCCGGUGCGGAACCCCCAUACCAGCCGUCACCCAUUAUGCGCCGAGACUCUCAGUAUCAGGCCAGUGGUGCCACCCCGGUUCCCGAGCAGGGUACAUCUGCAGUAUAUGCACAAUCACCCGGUUAUUCCGUGCCGCCUACUGCGCCAGUGCUUCAUCAGCAAGGAACCGGUCCUUCGCAGUCCUACUAUUACCAGCCACAGUCUCAGCCCCCACAUCCUACGCCUGUGCCAUCUGGAUAUCCACCAAUGAAUGCCGGGCAACCAGGGACGUAUGCACCCGAGGCUUCAAGUCAACCACCUUAUCAGCAACCGCCACGGCCAGUGGAGGAAAAUCUGAUUGAACUAUAA